AUCCCCAGUCCCCACUCCGUUUACGUCAAUUCGAGUUCGUUCGCCGCUCUCUUCGGUGCCGGUCGGUAGGCUGAACGUGUUUAUUUCCGAGUCCGCGAAACUUUUUCCCGAAGUAAAGGGAUGUGACAGUAAACACCGUUAUUUUGAUAAUUUUUGUGUGGUAUAUUGUGUGAAAACGUUGUUUUUAUUUGUGACUUAGUAAAGUGUUAGGUCGGAGUGGUACUGUGAGUGUGAUUGUGGUCACAGGUGUCGCAUUCCAGGGGGGACGCCGACGCAGCCUCUGUACCCGAUACAGUAGGCAGGUGGACCGCUAGACAACCCUGUUUAUUUGUAAGUUUCAUUAAGUCAGAAGCCUUUGGAUACAUUGCAAGCUGUUUGAUUCAAAGAUGGCGGAGCGAUUAUGAGGUCGUACGGCGAACGACUUUUAGAUGUACGAGAAGGAAGCAUAAUUUGAGUAAUGCGAACACUUCGGUGUCAUAAUUUCUGCUGAGAUGGCGCGGUGGAGCGCGCUCCAGCAUGGACGACCAACGGCUUGGCUUGUUUUCUUCAGCCUACUGCAAGUGGCGAGGGCAACGCCCGGUCCAUGUGAAGUGGAAACGGGCCAGUCUAGUAUUAUAGUCGACAUAGAAGAGAGUAGAGGCGAUCAGGUGAACCAAAGCACAGUACCGGCGGAGCUGCCAAUAGUAGGGGACCCAGAUGUAGACGUGAUACUGUCUACAGUGUUUCCCAAAGGUCCAACGUUGUUCCAACUCGAUGGGAAACGGUUGCAGCUUCUACAACCGUUGGAUAGGGAUGCGGAUAAUUUGUCGCAUAUGGUGUUUCAGCUGGUUUGUCAAGUGAAAGCGACGAAGAAGAGACGGACGAUACCAGUGAUAGUAAGAGUGUCGGAUAUCAACGACAAUGCACCAGUGUUCCAAGGGACGCCGUAUGAAGCCAAUGUUUCUGAGUUAAUACCAAUCGGCACAACGAUAUUCAGCGGCAUCAAAGCCACAGAUCUCGACGCUGGCGUCAACGGUCUUGCCGAAUACUUCAUAAUACCAGGGGAUAAUGAAACGUUAGAAGAAGAAAAUGCGGUCGAUGGGUAUGGGAGCUUCGCCAUACCUCUGCCUCAUCAGGGACAGGUCACCGUUAAUAGGAGCUUGGAUUACGAGCGCACACAGAAGUAUCUAGUCACUAUCCUUGCUUCUGACCGUGCCCGAGACACAAAGAGACGUCUAUCCAGCACCACGACGAUGACAAUCAAUGUUCUAGAUGAUGAUGAUCAGGAUCCGUCAUUUAUCUACAAGGGAUGUACCCUCCAUGAAGGCGCUUGCUUUAACCCGGAGUAUACUAGUUUUGUAGACAGCAGCGUCCUCGCAGGCAUCCUAACAAUAAAGCCUGAGAAGAUCCAAGCAGUUGACAUGGACACACUAGACGCUCGCAUCAGAUACAGCAUCGAGAGCGGAGAGCCCGACUCCUGGGAAAAGUACUUCGCAAUAGAUGCUAAUACUGGGGCUGUGAGGCAGCUUGUACCGGUCGAUACUUCUAUAGCUAAAAAGUUCCAGUUAGUCAUAAAGGCAGAAGAAGUGACAGAAGCAAGAAGGUUUACCACAGCGAAGCUCACAAUAACAGUUCGGCCGGUAGACGCGAGUCCGCCCGUCAUCGAAGCUUCGUCCAAUGAAGGCAUGGUGGAGGAGAACUCUCCUAAAGGCACCAAAGUACUCGAUGAACAUGGAGAUCCCAUAAGAUUGACUGUUUCUGAUCCCGAUUUGGGACCCGGAGAUCCAAUACCGAAAUACAAGUUUGAAUUGACAGCUAACUUCUUCGAUAUCGACAAAGAUGGCUACCUGAUUGUGAACGACGAUAAACUCGAUAGAGAUCCACCCAACCCAGGCAAACUGAGAUUUCAGGUAGUGGCCCGGGAAUCGAACGGCGUGGCAGCAUCAGAUCCAUACUCCUUGGCAGUACAGUUGCUGGACCAGAACGACAACGCUCCUGUCAUUCCGAAGACCCAGCCGAUCAUUGUGCCAGCCAGUUUAGAACCUACUGCGGUUCAUACGGUUGAGGCGAUAGACAUCGAUGAGGGUGAGAACGCACGCAUAACGUACAGCAUAUACCACGUGUCUAACAAUGGCGGCAACAAGUUCACUAUACACCCUAACACCGGAGUUAUAUCGAGUACUGGCCGUUUACAAGCGGGCGAACAGUACAGCGUGACGGUGCGAGCGACGGACGCCCAGGGCCUCAGUUCGCAAGGGAUUGUGGAACUGUCCGUAGCUCCCGGCCCUAACACGAGGCCGCCACAGUUCUCUUCGAGAGAUUAUUACGCGCCCGUGUCUGAAGGAGCUGCUAUUAAUUCUACUGUUACUACUGUUACUGCCAAAGACCCAGAAAACGAACCAGUGACAUACUCCAUAGCCUCGGGCAAUGACCUCCGUCAGUUCGCUAUUGGUUCCAACACUGGCAUCAUAACAGUCAUCAGAAGCCUUGACAGAGAAGUUCUGACGAGAUAUCAACUGAUGGUGAGAGCAGAGGACCCGGGCAGAUUGUCGAGCACAGCGACUGUCAAUAUCAAAGUUACUGACAUCAAUGAUAAUAAUCCCAAGUUUGAUGAGGAUUCCUAUAUGUUCCAUGUCAAAGAAGGUGCAGCAAACGAGUUCGUAGGCUACGUCCACGCGACUGACAUAGAUGACGGUAUUAACGCAGUUGUCAGCUACAGCAUACCGACGCAUCUGCCCUUCAGCAUAGACAAUGGAACCGGCAUGAUCACUACUAACACCAUGUUAGAUUACGAGACUACUAGGGAGUACGCGUUCGUAGUGACAGCGACGGACGGCGCGAUAGACAAGCGGCUGGGCACGGCGUCCGUCACGGUGCAGGUGGUGGACGUGCCGGACGAAGCGCCGGUCUUCGCUAUAGCUGUGUAUUCUGUGCACGUGCCCGAAAAUGCACCUAAUUACCCUGUUAUCAAGGUUGAGGCCGAAGACCCAGACACGGUACCAGAAAUUACGUACACAAUCGUAAUGGGAGAUACAGAACUAUUCUCAAUAGACCGCAAAACCGGUAUGAUCCGGACACUCAAGCCUCUAGACAGGGAGAUGAACGCGAGACAUCAGAUCAUAGUGGGGACGGAGGAGAAUAGUAGUGGGGGACAAGGAUCUAAUACUACUGUUGAAGUUUUUGUUGAUGACAAAAACGACAACGCACCAAUAUUCACCUCCGUAGUCCGACCCGUUACCAUCGAGGAUUCUUCCUCCAUCGGCACUUUAGUACAAACAGUGGUAGCCAUGGACAACGACGCCACUCCCCCCAACAACAGGGUGCGGUACCGCCUCGCGGGGAGGGGGAAGGCUUCGAUUUACUUCCACGUGGAACCCGAUACGGGGGCCGUGAGGGUACGCGAUGAUCUGAGGAAGGAGACUGAUAGUGAAUAUACGGUGGACGUUCAAGCAUAUGAUCAAGGCGAGCCCAUGAUGUCAUCAGUUUCUAGUCUGACUGUAUACGUCAGUCAUUCCGCUACUGUUCCACCAGAUGUCGGUCUCGGUUUCGCAGACACACUAUACACAGAGCACGUGGCAGAAAACUCUCCGAACGGCACACUAAUCAGAAUAUUGCCGCUUCUGAACAAACGCGAACAUUCCCCCGACACACCGCUCAAGUGCCGCCUCACGGAGUCUUCGCAGAAAGGAGUUUUCUACGUAAAACUAACAGAAGAGAGAGACUGCGCAAUCUACCUCAACACAAGUUCCUUAGACUACGAAACACUUUCAGAAUACUCUUUAGAAGUCCAACUAGAGUCCAUACAGGGGUUGAUAAACCCUGAAAGCAGUAAGGCAACGAUCAAAGUGCAUGUUACUGACGCGAAUGAUAACGCCCCAAUGUUUGUGUUCUCUGAACAAAGUAGUUUAGCUGCGGCUAAGGGCAAGUACUACGCAAUCGUCACCAAAGAUAUGCUGUUGGGGACUAAUGUUUUGCAAGUUAAAGCUAAAGACAGAGACAGUGGUGAUUUCGGCAAAGUGGAAUACCACAAGAACUCCUGGACGAGAGCUGCCGAAGAAUACUUUAGUUUAGACACAGAUACCGGUGUUAUAACUAAUACGAAGACGUUUGAAAAUGUUCCGAAAGAUGCUUUACCGUUUAAGUUCAGUGUGACGGCGAGAGACAACCCUAAUUCGGCGCAGGAUUAUAAUAUUUCGAGGGCUUCGGUUGUGAUAAACCUACUCCAAAAAGAAAACCAAUUAGUAGUCGAAGUAGCAGAUCUAAACGCUGACACGAUGCGUCGCCGAUCACGAAGCCUACUCACCGCCAUUGAAGAGAAGACUGGAUUAUACGCUGGUCUAGAGAAACUAACUUCAAGACAUUAUUUAGGAGAAAACGGAACGUUGGAAAGUGAUGCAAAAGGCACUGAUGUAUGGUUGUAUCUACUUGAUCCAGCGACGGGGGAGAUUUUGAGUAGGGAGUCGCAGCCUGUUAAGAAGGCGAUAGAAUCCGGCGUCCACAAGGCCGUAGCAGCCCGCCUACAAACAGCAGUUGGGUCUAUCCGCGCUCCGCUGGCCGCCGCGGAGCAGGCGCGGCGCCCGCACGUGGCGGCCGCGCCGCUCGCCACUGCCCUACCCGCGGCACUCAUCGCGUUAGCUGCCGUAGUGCUCGUCGCGGCUAUAGCUGCUACUAUUUAUAUUUGCGCUUCUUGGAACAGAUACAAAAAACACAAAGAACAAGCGAUACAGCAAUACGGUACUCUCAGUAUGAGCAUGCCCACCCCCCGACCGGCGUCAGGCUACGAGUCCAGUGAAGAUGAACCCGCGCCCCGGUACGAAACUCAGGUAAAUAACCGAGUUUUGAACAUGGCAGUGGAUGACGCCGACUUGCAGCUAGACUUCAGUCCAAACAACCACGCCUUUAAUAUACACAGUGUGCAAUAUAUGUCUAAGGAUAAUGGUGAACGCAGCCCCACUCUAUCCGAAACCGCAACAACAGCACGCGCAUCGAGCGUCAACGAAAACGGGGGCACUCUCAACAACAUGCACAACAGCCAACUGUUUGAGCCAAUAGCCAACAACUCAACACUCAUACGGAAUACUCAGACGCUCAACCGCCGCGCGCCUACCGCUCACCCGCUCAACAACGCGAUAGGCACGCUACCCCGCGUCAACAACAACAAUGUUGGCAGCGGGUUGCUGGCAACCACGCUCGGAAGGAAAAUCAAUGGCGGGAACAACCAUAAGAAGAAAGUAACGCAGCCUAUUAUGGCGUAUGAUGAGAUACCUGGGUUGCAGAGGUUUUUCUAUUCCAGGGCUUCAGACAACGAGAACGUAACCUUCGGUAAGAGAAACUUUACCGGUUACAAUUACGACCAGUCACCAGUCGAAACUACCACGGAGUUAUAAAGUAAAACUUUUUACUAAAUAGUGAAUAUAUUUCUUUCUCAAAGUGUUAACGUGACCAAGCAGUGACUUGAACCUAGAAGUGAUUGAAUGGAUGUGAAUUCCGUCCGCAAAUAAUUAAUUUUAUAAAUAAAAAAUAUUUUUAUAUCAUUUGUGUUCAACGAAUAUAAUAAUUUUCUUCGUGUAAUAAGAAUACGACUGAACUUUUGAAUACUUAAAGUUUAAAUGUGAAUAACGAAUUUUUAGAUGUAUUUUUUUGUACUUAAAUGUAACGUAAUUUCUUAGCCAAGGCUAGUCCAUUUUUAUGAACAAAAUGUGCAUAAUAAUGAUGUAAAUAUGGCAUUACAUGGUGAUGUAUAUUUUUAAGGUACCUGAAUUGUAAAUACAGGUACAAAGACUUUAUUAACUAUUUUUGUAAAUCUAUUUUUUACGCUUCUCUGGCCAAGUGCCAUCUAUCAACUAUUGGUUCAAUUUUAUUCUUUAUACAUUGUUUGUACAUUGAGACGACUGUUUGUUCGAUUACUUUUGUACUUAAAUUCGUCUUGACUGUCUUGUUAGAUCAAACGGUGGCCCCAAUAUUUUUGCAAUACAGUGUAUAUUUUUAGACUUAUUUCAACUUUUCUAAUGAUUUCACUCUAUGAACAAAUCUUUUUAUUUUAUUUCUUUACAUAUUCUUUACGAAUUUUGUGCCAGUUACUGUUAAAAUGUAUUAUAAGGUUUAUACUAUGGUCUUUUACUUGCGUUUGAAAAUUUGCAUCAACGCGUAUUUUCACUUAUGAUUUUUAUAAGGCGAGGAACAUUUUUAUUCUGUCAUAGGUAUGGCGUAGUUUUAUGGAAAAUAUAAUUAGCAUAAUAAAAAAAAAUGCUCAGUUUUUAUAGAAUGUUUAUUUUUGAAUCUGGCUUGAAAAUGUGAUUUGUGCCAAACCGAUACUAACGUUUUUUUAUUUAUUUCAUAUUGGGAGUAAAAUGUUACCUAAUGUAAUUUCACUGUAUAUCUUGUAAAAUAAUAAAAUGUUUAUUUUCAUUGUGAAGAAUAAAUUGUAUCAUAAUUUUGUGGUAAAAUUGUUAAUAUAAUUUUUGAAAUAAAUUAAUUUUUAUUAUCAA